GUACAUGGCAGCCAUCAUAUGUGUUUCAACCAAACUGAAGUUGGCUGCGCACAGGUCGACCUGUCAAAAUUCUUUUAUGUUUCCCGUUCAAUAAGAAACAGCAGCAAUUUUUUGUGAAUAUCCAGCAAAAAUGGCACCAAGAAAGAAUAAAGUUCAGAAAGAAGAAGUUCAAGUUUCACUUGGACCACAAGUUCGUGAAGGUGAAGUAGUCUUUGGUGUUGCUCACAUUUACGCCAGUUUCAACGAUACAUUCGUACAUGUAACCGAUUUGUCUGGACGUGAAACAAUUGCCCGUGUCACUGGUGGCAUGAAAGUGAAAGCUGAUCGUGAUGAAGCUUCACCAUACGCUGCUAUGUUGGCUGCUCAAGAUGUAGCCGAAAAAUGCAAAUCACUUGGAAUCACUGCAUUGCACAUCAAACUCCGUGCUACUGGUGGUAACAGAACAAAGACACCAGGACCAGGUGCUCAAUCAGCAUUGCGCGCAUUGGCUCGUUCAUCGAUGAAAAUUGGCCGCAUCGAAGAUGUUACACCAGUUCCAUCUGAUUCAACACGCCGAAAGGGUGGUCGCCGUGGUCGUCGUCUUUAAGCCAAUUUAUUCAAUCUUUUUCACGUACGAAAACAUUGCUUUGUUGCUUCUUUUACAAUUUCGAUUGUAUUCGAUUACGUAUCGCGAGGUGUGAACUAUUGCGAUUCAAAUAUUGCAAACAAUUUGAAUAAAUUCUAAUGGAUAAAAAAAAGUG